AUGGGACGACGACGGCCUGCGAUGGCCUGCGAUGGGGAGGACGAGAAAAGCCACGGGCUGUGCUCGGCUGCCACGUUGCUAUUACUGGCCGGGGCACUGGCUGGAUACCUGCCCGAUUCCGCCACCGAAGCGAUACGGGCUGUCCGGCAAACCAGUCGGGACUGGGGCCGGGGGGGCACGACUCGUGAGGGCUGGGGUUAG